AUGAAUAGUUUUGAGGCAGUUUCCCGCUCAAAGUCCAACUCAGAAAUUGGGGAGAAGAUGGCGUCGGUGGUCGGAAAGCAGUUGAACUCUGAAGAGGACGUCCGAGUCGGCGACAUGGAUGACGACGGAGAAGUAUUCAAGGCAAAUACGGAGAAGGCGAAGUUUCGUGCUUUAGGAACGCUUCGCACCACCGUCGUCCUCGUCAAGCUCUGUUUCGCAACCGGCGUUCUUUCUAUUCCCGCUGCUCUGGGCGUGGUUGGAUAUGGACCGGGUCUGGUGCUCCUCGCCCUGUGGAGCGGUCUGACGAUGUAUUACUCCUACGUGAUGUACCAGUUUCGAAUGAAAUACCGUGGUGUUCACAAUAUUGUGGAUGCCGCCAUGUUGGUGGGCGGGCCUAUCGCGCGUGAAGUCACAUCUGUGCUCUUCCUGCUGACCUGGAUCCUUGCAACGGGCUCAGGGUUCAUCGGCCUUUCUCAAGGCCUGAAAAUCCUUGCCAACGGCAAAGGUUGUACUAUCCUUUGGACACUAGUGGCCGCUGUCGCUACUGGCCUGCUAUCCAGUAUCAGAACGCUCGGCAAAUUGGCCAUAUUGACCUGGAUUGGCUUCGCCAGCAUCUUCACCGCUGUAUUUAUCAUCGUUGUUGGCGUUACAGUUGUUGACAGACCAGCUGCAGCUCCCCCCACCGGUCCGUAUGACCUUGGUGUUAUAGCUGUUGGCAGUCCUGGCUUCGUUGCAGGCUUGGUUGCGGCUCUCAAUCUUUUUUCUGGAUUUGGCUCCACCUCCACAUUCAUGCCUGUUAUCGCCGAAAUGAAAGUACCGAAGAAGUUUCCCAAGGCUCUUCUCAUCUCUCAGGGUUUUUUGGUGGUUUGCUACAUGACUUUUGGAAUAGUGAUCUAUAUCUAUUGUGGACAAUACAUUGCCAGUCCAUCUUUGGCCAGUGCGGGAGGUACUCUGGAGAAGGUCGCCUAUGGCGUCUCCAUCCCUGGCUUCAUGAUGACCUCAACUUUAUGGGUCCAUGUGGCCGCAAAAUUUCUUCUUGUUCGUAUUUUGCGCGACUCGAAUCACCUCCAAAGCAACAGCGUCACACAUUGGGCAACUUGGCUGUCGUCGACAAUUGGACUCACCAUUUUGUCUUUUCUCCUUGCAGAAGCUAUUCCCUUCUUCAACUACAUCCUCGGCUUUAUUGGCUCGAUUUGCUGUUCUCCCACCUGUCUGGUGAUUCCUGCGAUCAUGGGUCUCUACAUGCACCGCGACAGCUACCGAUCUAAUAAGCGAAUAAUGGCUCUUUGUGCAUUCCACUGCAUCGUGGUGGUAGGGGGCUCCUUCAUGGCGAUCGCAGGUACUUACACCACCAUUCAAAGUAUCGUAGACGCCUAUGCCGUAAAUGGCGUGAAACGGGCCUUUACCUGCUCAUAG